UUGUAUUCUUACUUGUCAUUAGUAGUUCACCGAUUGUGACAGGAAAUAUUGUUUCCGCACUACAGUUUGGCAAUUAACUUUCAUUAUUAUGAAAUUAAGAAUAAUCGGCAAAAUAGUGACUUUACUGAAAUGUGUCGUACGGACGGCAUUUAUGAUAUUAAACUCUGUCUAUUACAUACCUACGUAUGCAGUAUGGAUGAUGUUACUGUUCCCGGUAAAAAUAUAUCAACCACAAGUGUACUGGCGAAUCGAAGGCCUAUUUUUCCACUGGUUGCUGGGAAUGGUGUCGAUGUGGACCUGGUCUGCAGGCUACGACAUAAUAGAGCAAGGUGAUGACAUACAGAAGAUUAUAAGCGAGAAAACAUUAGUUAUAGCGAAUCAUCAGAGCACUGGUGAUGUUGCUAUAUUAAUGACAACAUUUAACGCCAAACCAAAUGUUGCUCCUAAUUUAAUGUGGAUAAUGGAUAGAGUGUUCAAAUUUACUAAUUUCGGGAUAGCUUCUAUAUUACAUCAAGAUUUCUUCAUUGUAUCGGGACGUGAACGACGGGAAGAAAGUUUAAAACAAUUACGAAAGCAUCUAAAAGAUUCGUAUAUACCGCGAGAUAGAAAAUGGAUUGUACUUUUCCCGGAAGGUGGAUUACUGUAUAAAAACCGAGAGAGUUCGCAAAAGUAUGCUAAGAAGAACAAUCUGCCUAUUCUGGAAAAUGUGGCUCUACCAAAAGUAGGAGCCAUGCAUACGAUUUUAGAAACCCUCAGGCCAGCAAGAAGCAGGGACGCAGAAGAUCAACGCCGGAAUAACCGACCAAGUAUGACGGCAGCCAAUACAGAAAUUAGUUGGAUUCUGGAUGUAACAAUAGGGUAUCCCGAUGAUAAACCUCUCACUGCAGUUAAUAUUGCAACUGGUUCCAGACCUCCGUUCGAGACGGUAUUAUUUUAUCGACUUUUCCCUAGUUCAGUGGUUCCUCGAGAACGAGAACAAUUAUCCACAUGGUUGUACGACAGAUGGGCAGAGAAAGAAGCACUGUUGGAAAACUUUUAUAAACAUGGAACAUUUCUUGGCACAAAUAGAUCAAACAGACCUAGUUCCAAAGUACAUCAGGAUCUAUUAAGAUUCCUAGUCCUUCAUUUAUUCUUUAUAACGUCUAGUUAUAUAUAUUAUAGCAUGCUGGCGUACAUGCUAUCUUGCAUUUGCGUUAAAAAAUCUGCAGUCAGUAAUGAAGAAUGGAUUUGAAAUGCGAAGACUAGUACUAUUUUUAUACAUAUACCAUAUAUGAUACCAUUGGCAGAAAUAUUUCAAAAAAUUAGGUUUUCCCAUAUUAAAUUAAUAAAGUGGUCCGAAAUAGUCAUUUAACCACAAGUAACUUAAAAACUUGACGUUUCUUAUGGCAGAUAUGUUUUCAGCGUAAUAAAAUCAAAUUCGCUAGUGUUUUUGUAACUGACAAAACCUAAAAUUUCAUAGGUCUAUGUUAUUUUUGUCUAUGAUUCUUUAUGAAGAAUUCACCAAUUAUAUAAACGCAGUUACUCAUA